UCAGAUAAGAGGGUCCAAAGGAAAAUCCCUCCGCGGAACCAUACCAAACCAACAAUUCCUAUGGCGGCGCUGCCUCUUCUCCGGUGGGGCGCCUCCUCCCUCCACGCCCACUUCUCCCCUGCCCCGCCGCGACGCCUCUUCUCCGCUCUCCGACAGCCCCCUGCCGCCGGCCGCUACGAGCCAGGCUCCAGGGUCAUGCUUAAGGGGAUGGACUACCCAGAGCUCGAGAAAUGGGAGCAGUCGCAAGGAUUCCGACCGGGACAGGCCAUGAUGCUGUGGAAAUGCCUCUACGGGAACAACGUCUGGGCGCAUUGCCACAACGAGCUGGCUGGCUUGAACAAGGACUUGAGGAAAAUGAUAAGUGAUCAUGCUGAUCUGAAGGCAUUAACUAUUAAAGACAUUAUUACUGCAUCAGAUGGAACCCGAAAGAUACUGUUCUCUCUUGAAGAUGCCUCAGUGAUUGAAACAGUUGUCAUUCCUAGCGCCAGGGGCCGGACAACGGUCUGUGUUUCAAGUCAAGUGGGCUGUGCCAUGAAUUGUCAGUUUUGCUUCACUGGGAGGAUGGGUUUGAGGAAGCAUUUGUCUACAGCUGAGAUAGUUGAGCAGGCUGUGUUUGCUCGUAAGCUAUUUUCAGAUGAAUUUGAUACUAUUACAAAUGUUGUAUUUAUGGGCAUGGGCGAGCCGUUGCACAAUGUAGAUAACGUAAUAAAAGCAUCAUCUAUAAUGGUUGAUGAGCAGGGUCUUCAGUUUAGUCCUCGCAAGGUUACUGUAUCCACAAGUGGUCUCGUUCCAGAGAUAAAACGCUUCCUCAACGAAUCCAAUUGUGAUCUGGCCGUGAGUCUUAAUGCAACAACUGAUGAGGUUAGGGAUUGGAUAAUGCCCAUUAACAGAAGGUACAAUCUUAGCAUGCUUCUUGGCACUUUAAGGGAGGAACUUCGUUUGAGACCUAAGUCCAUAGUGCUAUUUGAAUACGUCAUGCUUUCUGGGGUGAAUGGCAGCGUGGAUGAUGCAAAGAGGCUUACGGAGCUGGUUCACGGUAUUCCCUGCAAGAUCAACCUCAUCUCUUUCAAUCCCCAUAGUGGGUCGCAAUUCAAGCCGACGCCCGAUGAGAACAUUAUCGAGUUCCGGAACAUGUUAAUCCAAUCUGGUCUUACUGUAAUGGUGCGGCUAAGCAGAGGCGAUGACCAGAUGGCUGCCUGCGGGCAGCUAGGAGAGCCUGGUGACUAUCAGCUACCGCUGCUCCGUGUACCUGAGAAAUUUCAGGUCGCCUUAUGAUGCCAAGUACAUAGUACGUACUUGUACAGUAGUAAAACAGGUGGCCGGGAACAACCUGACAAAGACAAGGCAGUAAUAUGCGUGUAAUGAGGAUAAAACCACGGUCAAUCAUCUUGCUGAGCCAGCCUUACGACCGUCGAGCAUUUUCUGAAUUUUGAUGGCAAGUGCUGAACAGUUGAUCUGUGGUGAUUGUAACCCAUGUUCUGAUUAAUAUACAUCUCUCGUUUUGUUGCAGAAAUAAGAACAUUUGUUCAGCAAGGAACUUGCAUCUUUUUUUGUUUGAUGCAGGGACGGCUAGGUAUCAAAUAAAGACGAGGCGAACCUCUGAAUCGGCAUGCUCCAAGCAACUUUGAGUAGACGCAUGACAUCUGGGCAUCUGACAUAGCUUCUGACGCGGUCUGAGUCGCCAAAGUCGAUUGUGUUGCAGGUACUAGUUCCAAAAGACUCGAAUCUACUCUAGCUAUUGCUGGUCAUGUUGGAUUAGAUGAUGCAGGAAUGACAGAAAGACAAGGAAAGGGACUACGUGCAUGCUUUACCUUGCUUGAGAUACCUUAACCAUUAAGGUGUGCCACCACCUGACCUGACCACUCUACUUAGAAAAGAAAAGGGCAAAGUGAUUGCAUUACAAGACCCACCAACCAAUGCGCCUUCUUUCCAAAAGCAAUUGCAUUACAAGACCGCACCAUGGGGAUUUGGGCGCCUUUGCCACUAAAUCUGCUGCCAAAAUGGUGUAGCGGCAUACACCUGCUUCCUUGCUUUAGUGUAGAUAGAAGAUUGCUUGGAUUUUGACAUACCAGAAAACAAAAGACCAAGGGAUUCUACGGCUGAUGUUUCCCUUUUCUAAAAGAUCAUUGUUUGGUUUAUUAA